CCUACAUAGCCUAGUGCAGUGGGGAUGUAGCUAUGUAGUCACAGGGGAAGUCGUAUGCCUGUAUGUGGUCUAUACAUGGCUGUAGUGUACGUGCGACCUCACGUAUAACUACAACUCACAGCAUAUCUUUACAGGCAAUAAAUAUAUAAGUACUUUACUAUAACGAACUCUAUAGUAUUAGUCAAGGUUAUGUCAGUCCAUUUGCUCCUAAUUUAUUAUAAAGCACAACCAAGAGAGUCAUCCUCCAACAUUUUGCACAGAAAAAUCCGUUCAAAUUAGAAAAUUCCUAUACUUUCAAUGGAAGUUUGAAGAGACAAAAAUCGGUGCAGACCAUAAAAAAAAAGGCAAUUAUUUCCGUGAUACUGCAUAUUCUCUGAGACCAUCAGAUGCUGAAUGGAAACUAUGGCAUCCAAGAGUUAUCCACAUGGCGCCUUUGAGGUACUUCGUCCAUUCUGUGUGCAGCUGACAGUGGAACAGACAGUACAGAAUGUAAAAAACCUGCAAACACAGAUUUCUUCUACAGAUGUCUCUGCUCUUCAAGCCCUUCUGGAUUAUGUUCUAUUUCCUCUGCGCUUUGCCCUUAAAACACCUGGCUCUAAAAAACCGGGAUUAGUGCAAGCUGUUUUGGAAUGUAUUUCCUUUCUUCUCUCUCUCACUCACUUAAAGAGCCCAGUGUCCUUACAGGAGAUGUUUAGUGAACUCUGCAGUUGCCUCCCCCCUGACCCACUUCAGCCUGUGCCAGAGGAGCUGAAAUUAGCAGUAGUUUUAACAUUACAAUCUCUUCUCCGUGCAUCUGGUGCGGAUGUGCUACCUGUCCUGUACAAACCGUCCAUGCUUCCUGAGUUGGGAUUCACCAUCACUGUUUUGCUGAGGCUUGCAGAACGGGAGAAAUCACGAGAGAUCAGGCUUGAAUCUUUGAACUGUUUGGAGAUAUUGCUGACGCCAAAGCCCAAGCAAGACACUUCUCUCAGUGGUCUUUUUGCUUCAUUUUUACCUGGAAUCUGCACAGUGCUAACAAGGAUUAUUUGUGGCGACCCCAAGCAAGGAUACAGAGUAACGAGAGCUGCAAUCAGGUUAUGGGCUGAGGCAGUUAGUAUAGUCAUGUCUGAUGAAAGUCUGGCACAAGUGACAGAAAAGAAACCUGUACACCCUGGGUUGUCUGGACGUAUAGCAGAACUUCUAGUGCACCGAGACAAGACUUGGGUGAAACAUUCUGCUAGCCGUCUGUUUGUUCAUCUAGAAAAAAUCUCAAUGCACUGCAUAUCCGACCCCCACUGGAAAGUAAGAAUGGCGCUUGUGGACUUAGCUUAUCUCUUGCUUUGUCAUUGCUGGAAUUCUCUAGGAGAGGCAGUAGGGAAUCUUCUGCAGAUAUUGGUGGGAUAUAUGAGUGAUGAUAGAGCUGAGGUAAAAGCCAGGGCGUGUGAGGCACUGCUGGAGGUAGCGAAGGAAGGGCCAGCUUCACGGACACUAGCAGAGGUGCUAACAGAAAGCCUCCAUUCACUGACUGUAACUCUUCCAAGACUGCUGAGAUCUCAGGAUGACCAAGGCAAGCUUCACACUUUAGCUCUUCUUCUAGGCUAUCUUCAGUUGCUUGGUCCCAGGCUUGCAUUCACUCUGCACUCUCCUGCUCACCUUCAGCGCCUGUCUGCUGCACUCCUGCAGACACUAGAGUUAGAUUUUUGCUCAGUCAAAGUUGUAGAAGAAAGACUUCCCUCUCCUGCUGCCAGUCUCACGCAGCAGGACAUCGCACACACUGGAGCUCCACAGAAGACUUUCCGCUUUUUCAGGGACACACGUAUUCUUUUCCAUAUUCAGAGCAUCUGUAGGCUUUUGGGGUAUUAUGGAGAUUUCUACUUGCUGACAGACCACUUUUUGGGACUAUACCGGGCGCAUAGACUACCGGCUGUGCUGGUAUUGAACCAGUUAGUAUUAGGAGCAGCUGGAAUUGAAGUUGAAGUACUCAAUGAGGAGAACCAGGUACUUGCAGCCAGUGAACUUUUGGAAGCUGUGCGCCCACUUUUUGAAGAGUACACAGACCCCACCAAUUGGCAUCUACAAACCUGUCAGGACAGUGAUGCAGUAGUGGAUCAGCUUUCCUUACUCCGUAUUGGGGGUCAGUCUAUGUCAGCAAUUGGUGACAUGAGUGCUAACGUUUGGAAGCUUUGUCUGCAGCUGGAGGGCAUAUCUUGCUUUGCCAAUGCUCUUGGAACUAACUUCCGCCCACUCCUUAUAUCUGCUCUAUACCCAGUGCUUGAGAAAGCUGGAGAUCCUUCCCUCAUGGUUAGUGGGGCAGCGAAGGUGACUUUAGGAAAUGUCAGCCAAGCCUGUGGAUACAAAGACAUCAGCCAGCUGAUUGAACUCAAUGCAGAUUAUUUGGCAAGUGAAGUGUCUGUUGGUCUGCGCCGCCUUCGAAAAUACAAUGGAGGUGCUGCCCAUGUAUUGCAUGCCAUGUUAGAUCAUUGUGGGCCCAGCCUGUUGCCACUACUGCAUGAACUUGUCCAAGAUCUACUUCCAGCAUUGGACCAGUCGCAGAAUGAAGGUGCCAAGAUCCUCUUCCCUGUGCUGAAUUCUCUUGUCGCAAAACUAGGGAAGUGGUUUCCUUCACCGAAUACUGUAACAGCUGAGCCAUUACCCAAGGCAUUCAGUCAUAGCAAGGUACAUGAGGGGAGCAUUCUACAGGAGGUAAAAGAAUUUCUGCAGGAUCAUAUAGAGCAACAUCGCAGGGCAAGAGGAGAGGUCCGGGAAGAAGAGGUUACAGGUGACUGCUUAUAUAUUGAUGAGUUACCUCCACAAAUUGGUGCUGUUGAUGACCAGAAACCACAAUUGCCCACUCAUGUUAAGAUUUCCAAAGAGGUGGCUGAAAAAUGUUCACACUUCCUGUCACACAGCGACACACAAAUUCGAAUACAGGCCUUAGACACUCUCUGUCUCUCUUUACUACCGUUACAUUCUCGGGAAGAUGUGCUUUUUCCCCUUGCUCAUAAAAUCUGGCCAUGUUUGGUGAAAAGAUUGUUAAAGGAUGAACCACUUGUGCUUCUACGAGCCUUUCAGGUGCUUGUGACACUUGCUGCUUCAUGCAAAGAUUUCCUCCGGCAGCGUGUGUGUAAAGAUGCUUUUCCUGCCUUUCUAACAUCUUUACGCUCUCAAGCUCUUGUAAGCUGUCAUGCUGGACCUGUGUACAGCCACACACUAGGCUUCAAACUGCAGAAAGCCAUAUUGGAAGGCUUGCGGACGCUCUGCGUGGAUAUGGCAUUGGGUGACAGUGAUCUGUUGGAGGUCAUUGAUUCCUGCAUGCUCUACCUAAGCGUACGGCAACCAAAACCACUCCAAGAGGCUGCCAUCAGAACGUUCCUCAGUCUUUCACAGCUGGACCCAGACAUCGUUUGGUUGUAUCUAAGUGACUGGCAGAGCCCACCAGAAGCCCCCCACUCCUCUCUCAUAACCCUUCCUUGGACUGGUAGACCCCAUGAUGAGUACACACAGAAUGUGUGCAACCUCCUACAACAGCUGCAGUGACAUUGUGCUGUGGUGACAUCCAGCCUGUUAUAAAGUACUUAGUUCAUUCUGAAGAUGCCUUACCACCUCCACGUUCUUCUGCUCCCACCUGCAGGCAGGUGAUCUGGAUUCCAUAGGCUCAGCCCUUUCUGUGCCCUAUUCCUUAAGAUGCAGAUGUUUCUGAGAAUGCAUCCUGAGCAGGAAUUUUUCUCCCCAUGGGAGAAUCACAGCACGGGACUCCACACUGCAUUGAGUUUAAGUAUCUUGCUCUAUUUAGAAAAACUGCAUUCCCUAUGCACCAGAUCGCCGGUUAUCGUCUUCUGUAACUUAGGAUGUUCUGUGCAAGUAAUCCAUUUUCAAGAUUAAAUGUGUUGGUACAAGCUGUGAAACAAAGACACAAAUAUGACCUAAUUUGGAACUGUAAGAAAGCAGCUUGUAGAGGUGAUUUAGUCUUCUACAAUCAUUGUAAAAACACACGUAUCUGAUGCAAAAAUUAAUUAAUGUAUAUAAAUUAGGAGUCCACUAAAAACCUGUUACUUUGCCUAGACCCCUCUGUGACAUCAUUAGUUCCCAGAGCAGAGAUAAGCUACAAAAUGCUAUUCUGUGUGUAUGUAAUAAACUUAUGUUUACUGCAUCAUUA